CGCAUUCGUACAGCAUGCGCGUGGCCCCUACUGAGAGCCAUGUCCACGCGCUUGCCGCGCCGCGGAGUUCCCGCCUCGCGCUCCUCGCGCGACUCUACGUCGUCGUCUCGUCGGCCCUCAGUCUCUACUUUCUCGUUGUGAUCUUGCAGCCCAACAUCACCAACGACCUCUGGUGGGCAGGCUUUACCACGGCCGGACCACAGACAGAAGAGCUAUGA